CAGCGCCGCCUCAGUAAAACUUUGACCGUGGACGUAAACGUUUCGGCACCGAUCAGGCUGAUUUUAGAUUGAGUGGCGAGAGGCGCAAAGAAGUUUCGUCCUGGGACGCAGCCGCGUACGCGCGUAAAAGUGUGUAUGCAUCGUGAGCCGCGCAAAGAGCGAAAAGGUGCCAGAUAUGUUUCCUCGCGGCCACUGCGGGAAACCCCGAGCGGCGAAAAUGUUAAGGAAAUAAUCGUGUCGCGCAAGUGUCUCUCGCUGGCAGAGAAGACAGGCCGUGUGGCUCGAGGUUUCCUUCUUAUCCUCUCUCUUUCACACCUUGCAACCCCCUUCCCUCUCCUUCUCGCCUUUGUGUCCCCUUCCUGCGUCCCGCCACUCCUCUCUGGGUCCGUUGGUCGCACCGGGACGACGUUUACCGUGCGUCACGGGAAACGGCAUUGGGAGGAGACAGAAGGUGACAGUCCUCCCGCGGAAUUUAUGGUGCGCACGGGAGAAACGGUGAAGUGAGUGGUGUCACAGUGAAGUGAGUGUGACGGCACUGAGUGCCCAGACCGGUGAACAAUCCGCGGUGUUCCUGACAUACCGAUUUCGGCUAAUAUAGGCAGGAAGAGGGAAAAAAUGCCGGGCCUAAUCGCCGUCAGCGAGUUCGUCGAAGAGACGAGGGAGGAUUACAACUCGCCUACCACGUCCACCUUCGUCUCGCGAAUGCCACAAUGCAGACAGACCAUCACAUCCCUCGAGGAGACGCUGGACUUCGACAGGGAUGGCCUGACGAAGCUGAAGAAAGCGAUCAAAGCUAUUCACAACUCUGGAAACGCUCACGUCGACAACGAGGUGUACCUUGGAAGGGCGUUGGAAAGGCUCGGGGAUGCAGCGCUGAAAGAACAGGAACCGGAUAUCGGCGCUGCUUUCUUAAAGUUUGCGGUCGUCACGAAAGAAUUGAGUGCUUUAAUGAAGACGCUGAUGCAGAAUAUUAAUAACAUCGUGAUGUUCCCCCUGGACUCGGUGCUGAAGGGGGACCUGAGAGGUGUGAAAGGUGACUUGAAGAGACCGUUCGAGAAGGCAUGGAAGGACUACGAGGCGAAAUACGCGAAAAUCGAGAAGGAGAAGAAACAGCACGCGAAAGAGGCUGGCCUCAUUCGGACGGAAGUGACGCCGGCCGAGAUCGCCGACGAGAUGGAGAAGGAGAGACGAUUGUUUCAAUUGCAAAUGUGCGAGUAUCUCAUCAAGGUGAACGAAAUCAAAACGAAGAAGGGGAUCGAACUACUUCAGCAUCUAGUCGAAUAUUACCACGCGCAAACCAAUUAUUUUCAAGAUGGCCUAAAGACUAUCGAACACUUCGGUUCCUACGUGGCGGACCUGAGCGUGAAGUUACAAAAGAUCAGACAGACGCAGGACGAAGAGAGAAGGCGGUUAACGGAAUUGAGGAAUCUCCUGAGGAGCUCCGGUUGCGACAAAGAAUUGAACGUGAACGCGAAUGCAGGAUAUUCGCUUCAUCAGCUGCAAGGGGACAAGCAACACGGUGUCACGCGGUCCGGACACCUUUUGAAGAAGAGCGAGGGAAAAAUGAGGAGGGUGUGGCAGAAGAGGAGGUGCGCCGUGCAAGCGGAGGGUUACCUCGAUAUUUGCCACGCGGACGAAAAUAAACCACCCACGCGGGUGAAUUUAUUAACCUGCCAAAUCAAGCUAGUGCCGGAUGACAAACGGGGAUUCGAUCUCAUUAGCUAUAACAGAACGUAUCAUUUUCAAGCAGAGGACGAGGCAGAUCAACGAGCAUGGAUGUCUGUCCUGGUCAACUGCAAGGAGCGUGCUUUACUUCGAGCAUUCGAUGCCAGUGGCAAAGCUGAGGCUGGUACUGGCAAUCCAAGUUUAGUCGAACUACAACAAGCUGUAAUCCGAUGCGUUAUGAGGUUACCAGGGAAUGACCAGUGCUGUGAUUGCUCUUCGCAAAAUGACGCAACAUGGCUGUCCACGAAUUUCGGAAUAAUCGUGUGUAUAGAAUGCAGUGGCAUUCAUCGGGACCUAGGAGUGCACAUAUCCAGAAUACAAUCCCUAACAUUGGAUAACGUGGGUACAGCUCAACUGCUUCUUGCACGGCAUAUGACUAACCAGGCAUUCAAUGAAGUCAUGGAAGCUACGUUACAUCAUAAUCAUAAGCCGACUCCAACAUCGACAAUGGAGGAAAGAUAUGAUUUUAUAAGAGCCAAAUAUGUAGACAAAAGAUACGUGAUGAAUACCUGCGCAGAUGAAAGAGAUCUUCUCUCUGACCUAGAGCAUGCUGUUAACAAUCGUGACCUGCAACAACUUCUGCAAGUCUAUGCUGAGAAUGUAGAUCUAGCAGCGCCAUUGCCUACUUCGGAUGUAGGCGAAACUGCUCUGCAUUUAGCCAUUUUACGUGAAAUGGGAAAUAGUUUACACAUUGUUGAUUUCCUAGUGCAAAAUAUGUCGACAGGUGGUAUAGACAGAACCACCGUAGAUGGAGAAACAGCGUUACAUUUGUGCGCGAGACACGACAGAGCGGAAGCAAUGAAGCUAUUGCUACGCGCAGGUGCUGACCCAACGCAUCGAAACAAACAAGAGAAAACACCAUUGGAUAUAGCACAGGAAAUGGGCCAUCAUACUUGCAAAGAACUGUUGAGUCACGCUCUACAGAGACAGAAAACAUUAUUCGACAACGUUAAUAUUGACUGGAAUCUCUCGCACGAUGAAGGUUCUACUGACUUCUCUGAUGAUGAGACGAUAAUAGAAGAUAGGAAUGGAUGUUUAACACCCGAGAAGAAAUCUCGUAGUAGACCGCCAUCUUAUGUAGGUGGUGGCGGCAGUGGUGGAGGUACCGGGUCAGGAGAUUCACCAGUGACACUCCGUAGUCGAAGUAGCACUUGUGAUAGCUUGCAAAGCGGUUCUUCGCCAAGUGCCUCGACGAAUAGACAACAAAUGCCUCCACCACCACCACCGCAAGCAAGGAAACCUGUUGCUGUACCCGCACCUAUGGCACCGGAUAUUUCAGUCAAUAUUCAUGGGUCUCUGAAGAAACGUGUUGCCCCGCCACCACCACCACCGGCUGGAAGUACAGGUGGUAUACCCUCCCCUCAUUAUGGUACACUACCUUCGUCCGCGUCCUUAGCAGCGUCAACGCAUAGCCGUACAACGAGUGAACCGAUCUUAGCUGGGCAUUCUUUACAUACUCUACCACAUGCGUUAAAUACAUUAAACAGUCAACACCAUAAAAGAUCGCCCAGUGGAGAUUCUUCAACGGGACAUGGUACGGACAAAGUAAACAGUUCAACCCUUCAACGGCCGAGAAAUCCCCCUCCGCCAGCGCCCUCUGGCAUCAAUUCAUCAAGAUUGAGUAACGGCCGCAGUAGCGAGUCAUUGAGUUCCAUGUGUUCGGACCAUGGUUUGGGUAAUCCCAUCCCCCCUCCACGUAAGCGAAGGGACCGGUCCAGACUAGAGAGCUACGCCGAGGAGCCUUCAUCUUUGCUCCCAAAUCUGAAUCUGCCAACUUCGUCGACUCUGAGCGGACUACGACGUUGUCGAGCUUUGUACGACUGUGAGGCCGACAACGAGGACGAGCUGUCCUUCCGGGAAGGCGAAGUCAUCAUAGUCACCAACGAGCAAACCGACGAUGAUAAUUGGAUGGAGGGCGCGUUAGAGCGAGCCCCGGAAAGAAGGGGAAUGUUCCCAAUCAGUUUCGUACAUAUGUUUCAAGAUUAACAUUCGGUAAGCCUGAACUCAUUGGCAAGUGUCUCCAGUACUGCCAGCACCGUGAGUGUCGCUAGCCUCGGCAGAAAAAGUUGGAUGCGAAAACCGAAGGAUUGAGCAUAUUGCUCACUUCCCGCGCAUGGAAAUCGCGUCCCCUAACACCUCCUUCUCCAAAAUCGUACUCCCAUAGGAAACCCGUAGGCCUCGAACUUUUAUAUACACAUCUAUCUUUCGUCUUGGACAUUUCUGAAACUCGGCUCUAUCGAAAAGACUUGAUUCAAUUGGAUUGCUGCCUUCCUAUUUCACUUGAAGUGCUAUUGUCCAUGAAUCGCUAUGUGCCCUUGUGCAACAGUGUCUUGGAUAGGAUGACAAUCAACUUGACACCUUCAUUAGGAAACGCACGAUUUGGUUCUUCUGGCUUUGUAUUCUGUCAUCCGAGUACACUGAACAGCAGUACUGCUCGCAGGUUUUAACACUAGAACUACCGAUCACUUAAACCGACUUUUAUAAAUUUCUUUAUAAAAACCAUAAGUAUGCGUUUACUAAGAUUUCAAUUGAGUUGUAUUUCAGUUUUGCUAUUACUGAAUUAGUUUCGUUAAUAAUUUUUUGUGGAAGUAUCUGUAUCUUUUCAGUCAUUGUAAAAAAAGAAAUCAGAAAUAAGUCAUUUUGACCCAUCUGGUAGUUCUAGUGUUAAAGCGUGAUCUGCUUCACAUUGUAAAGAAAGAUUAUUCAAAUUAUAUGUCAGGAAGGUAAAUUAAGGGUAUGCUAUUUCAUCCUUCAGAGGAAAUAUCCAAAUUUAACAACAUUACAUAUUGUAAUAUUUUGGUUCAUCCGGGCCAUUGAGAGGUGAAUUCCAUUACAUCAGCUUUACUUGAUUGAAGGUUAGGUUAUAAUUCUCAAUGUCACCGUCCUUAUUUAAAGAUGGCGCAACAGAAAUAUGGAUCUUCUACGGUAACAACGCUUAAGGCGUAUGUUACAAGCUCUUAUAAAAUAUUGAUUUACCCUAUCUUUCGCUCGCGAUAAUUGUUUAUCAUUAAAUUAACGGCGGCUUUUGCUCAUGUACCUAAAGGCCAGAGGAUGUUACAAAUUUACUAAAUCAGACGUAAGGUGAUAGGACUAAGAAAUAUGGUAAGAAACCUCUUGAAUGGCUUCGAGUUAACGGUUCAGUUUCAUGGAUCAACUUAAAUACGAACAAGUUUUUGAUGAGUUUAAUCCCGUCUGAAGACGUCAUGGUAACACGUUUAAAGUCACAAGAGCAGGAGAAGUGUGUCGAGCGAAUGGUUCGGCUGAAACUUUCGUAAUUGAAAGACUGGAAAGGGGACUAUUCGCGGUUUCAAGACCGAUGUUGAAAAAAAUGUGAUAUAAGAUAUAUUUCAGUAUAAAUCAUUAGUAUUACGAAUCGGGUUAAUGAACAAAUUCCACGUAAAGUGGCACUGUUGUACGUGCAUUGAUGGUCGGGCAAGCGAUGCAUGAUCGAAUCAGUCCAUUCGCCGUGAAUCACAGUAAUUCGUUUGUAACGACAAAAUAACAGCGGAUACUGGUUUAUCUAGCUGCAGGUGUCGAUUCUACUAGGUAGAAGAGAUGCUCGUCGUUCGGGAUAAAGAUUACAGUCGGCAAAUGUGCACAAUUCAGAAACAUCAAAAAAAGGAAGCGCGGGUGCGUGCGUGAGUGUGUAAAAUAGAAUGAAAGAGAAGGAGAGAAAAAGUCCAGCCUCUACUAUGUCGCAAGUCUUAAAGUAUCUGGCGCACACUUCUUUUUCAUACUGCCAAUUGUGAGUAUACACCAUACUCUAUACGGUCGCGUUCUAAGAAAACGAAAAUAAUCGAAAAUUCAUAGGGGAUUCUCGUCGUAACGGCACGUAAAUGACAUUUACACCGUAAAUCUAGGUUGUUUAAAAACAGGUCCUUAAUCUCGGCAAAGGACAGAAUGUGACAUUAAUAUUGCAUGACACCGAUAGUAUUAUUAGUAUACUCGAUGAAUA